AUGGCGGACGACUCUACUCCCAUUGAGCUCGGAGCUAUCGACAAGCUCGAACUCCUCCAUGACACUACGGCCGUGAACUGGGCGUCGUUUGAGGACACACUUCACACCCACCUUGGCUCUGUCAUUGUUCAAGACUAUUUUCAUGAUGAUAACCCAGAUCGAUGGGCGGCCAACUUGAACAACUACAACAAGCUUCGCGAUGCCUACACCAUCCAGCGUGAGGCGCACCGUGCUGCUGAGAAGGCUCAUGCUCAUGCUACUGCGCGCAUCCUCUCCUACGAACAGGAUGAGAAAGACUAUGCUGAUGAACUUCGCAAGUUCAACAAGGAUACUGCAGCCUGGCGAGUUGCGGAUCGCCGCGCUCUCGCCAUUAUCUUCUCCUGCAUCCCUUCCCACCUCAAACGCGACCUCCGCCCCACCUCCUCCUCUGGCCUCUGGAAAACCCUGUCCACUCAGUAUGACCGACAGGACCUUCGCUCUCUCCUUGCUCUCUUUCGCAAAUUUCAAGACACCACUCUUGACUCAUCCCCCACUGCUGCUGCCUUCACUUGGCGCCUUAUUGACACUGCGCAGCGUCUCAACGACCGCGGCAUUGGCAUUCAUGAAUCACUUCUCACUGCACGCAUCCUCGACUGCCUUCCACCCACAUACGAUACCUACCGCAUCACCUUUACCUCCCGGUACCGCCAUCCUCCUCCUGUGGCUGACACGAUCGACUGGCUCCUUGACAGCGAAGCAGAUAUCCAACCGGGAGACGCCACUCUGGCAAGGGCAAGGGGGGCAAGGGCGCGGGUGGAGCUAGCGGGGGUAGUGGAGGUGGCGGUGGAGGCGGCGGAGGGAGUGGGGGUGGCGGUGGGAGUGGUGGCGGGGGUGGAGGUGGUGGUGGCGACAGCGGAGGCGGAGGCGGCGGCGGCGGUAGCGGUGGGAGCGGAGGCGGCGGUGGUGGCGGAGGUGGAGGCUGCAGUGGCGGAGGAGGUGGAGCUGGUGUAG